AUGGGAUUCGCCGUUACGCCCAUCACAGACUGUCCCCAUGUACCUGCUUACGUGGUGGAUGAGGUAGAUUACUUGCACAAGCCAUGUCAGUCGUGCGAUGACACAACCGAGAACUGGCACUGUCUACACUGUAAAGCCGUGUAUUGCUCUAGAUAUUGUAAGGGACAUAUGAAGAAACAUGUGGAUGAAACGGAUCAUUGUGUAUGUAUCAGCUUUAGUGAUUUAUCCGUCUGGUGUUAUCAAUGUGACAAUUAUAUUUUGGACGAGAGUUUGCACGCUAUCAAACACAAGCUGUACGUUUUAAAAUUUGGCCAAGAACCACCUAGUGGAAGUGCUAGUGGUAAUGAUGGCAGUAGUAGUAGUAGUAAAUAG